GUUUUUUUUUCUUUCUUAAAUUAAUUAAUCUUAUGUCUUAUGUGUCUUGAUCCGAAACCAGGACACUUGAUUGAAAUGGUGACAGAUCUUAGCUCAGGAUCCUUAAGUGCAAGUGUUUGACGAAUCGACCUCUCGCUACGGACCGGCCUUCAAGAACUUCUGGACAGUGUCUUCUAAUAACAUACUGAUUUAAUCAUUAACAUCAUCAAUAUGUUUUGUCGUAAAUGCAAGUGUGGUGCGAACAUUUUUGUUCGUAUAUUUCACACACUGUUAUGUGUUGGUGUGCCAACUUCUCUCUUAUUCAAGGACACUAUUUUGCGACGAGCAUUGGUAGAAAUGGAUAAUAUAUUUUAUGGUAUAGGAUAUAUAUUUGUCUUGUUAUUAUCUCUAACCAUGUACUAUACAGCUUGUUUUAUUGAUCCAGGGUUUAUUCCUCUUAAACAGAAGAAGGCUACAAUUAAUAAUAAUUCUGAUGAUGAUGAAGAUGAUGAGAAUUGUACUAUGUUAGAAUGCCAAAACACAGAUAAACAUUCAGAUCAGCAGUAUAAAUAUAGAAGAUGUGAUUUCUGUGAAAUUCAGCAACCAAUGAGAGCUAAGCAUUGUGAAGACUGUAAGCGAUGUGUACGUAAAUAUGAUCAUCAUUGUCCGUGGUUAGAAGCAUGUGUUGGUGAACGGAAUCAUAAAUACUUUCUUCUCUUCCUUCUUACAACAACAACGCUUGUCUUCUGGACUCUCUAUAUUACUUGGAAGGGUAUUACCCAUGAUGAUAAAUGGUCUGACUGGUUGAACAGCAAUUUUAUUUUCUUCUUUGAUAUCCUGAUUUUAUUUUUUGGUGGUUUUGUUGUGUUGGGUUUACUGUUUUUCCAUAGUUACCUCAUGAUUAAGGGUAUGACAACUUGGGAGGCCGCUUCUCGUGAAAGAAUUACAUACCUGAAGUAUUUGGACGAUGAAUAUAACCCAUUUGAUGAGGGACUGUGCAAGAAUAUGUAUUACUUUCUUUGUGGUUGUCAGGUUCGUGAUUGGGAGACUAUUUAUUCUAAGAAAGCUAAUGUCAAAGAUGCUGGUGUCGUUUGAAAAUUAGUAAAAAUUAUUCCAUAUAUUUUGAUUGUCAAUAUUAGACUAAAAAUAUCUACUUGAUGCCAAGAAAAAACCCAUGACUGAUAAACCCUUUGAAGAACUCUAUUCCGAAACCCGAUAAAUACCACCCAAGUUUAUUUAAGUAGUAUCAGUAUAUAUUUGUAAAAAACAAAUGAAAUAUUGUUUUAAAACCUUUGAUAUAGAAUUUCAUCAUUAUGUCUUGGGUAUUUUUAAAGUGACAUGGUGUUUAUCAUGCUUUAGAAGAAAGUCAUGGUAGUGAAUGAUUUUAUAUUGUGUAUUAUGUAAUAUUACUCUUCAAAUACUAAUAUGCUGCUCAAAAACGAGGAUCAAAUUAGGAUGUCUUUAUUAUAUUUAACUUUGGUACACUUGAUUAUUUAUAUUAGACGGAACCUUGACAUUGAUUUAUAUGUUUGAAUAUAUUUUAUGACAGAAAGAGAAUGGAUAUCGUAGUAUAUAACUUCUUUAUUUACUAAUGUACUACAUAAAUUGUACUUGUCUGUUUUGAUCAAAACACUGAACUCUAAUCCAUUCCAUUCUGUGGAAAUUUGUUAAAUUCUAUGACUAUUCCAUUAUUAGAUUUACCUCCCUUGGUAAUCAUUUCUUAAUGAUUUCAUUUUAGUGUCACUAAAACAGUUUUCAGUCCUUGUCAUUGUCUGUAAUGUGAUAUUUAGAUACCUGGGGCAUAUUAAAGACAAAUGGGGGGGAACUUCCUUAUGUUGUGCCAAAUCUUGUUGCGUUAUAAUUCUACAGUAAUGACUGGUGUUCAAAGGUAUUUGUCAUUACUGACACAAAAGACUGAGAACUCAAUUGUCAAAAAUUGAGUCACACAACUAAUAGACAACUGUGAUUAGUUGUACCUUGUCACACAAAAUAAUCUGUAUAGUCAUGCCUUUGAUUUAUAGUUUAAAAUGAUAUUAUACCCAAAGGAUAUAAAGAUAUGAUGUUAAUUAUAAUACUCAAAUGGUUAAUUGUUGGUAGGUAUGUUCAAAUUAGAACUAGUUACCCAACAUUACUAGUAAAAACCUAGUCUCAUUUCAUCCGACUCGUGAUAGGCUCCAUGAGACUUUGCCCAAUAAAGAGUCUGGUCCACUACAAUAAUUUAUAGUUUGCUAGCUGGUUGAUUGGUCGUAAUUAUUGUUCAUAUCUUAACCUCCACAUUCCAGGCAAAAUAUCAUUUUAUGCUUAUAACCCUAACAUUUUAAAAAGGAGUAAAAGUGAAAUCUGGCGAUACCUAUAAUAUUUGGAUUUACUAUGAUAAAAUUGUAAAUAUUCGUGGUCUACCAUUCUAUAGUUUUCUUGUGAACAAAAUUUAUGUAUUAGAAUUGUUGAUUAGAUAGCUAUCUUACUUUAAGAGCUUGGUGUUAGGAUUCAAAUUCAUAGAACACGUUUUAAUUGCCUUUUUUAUUUUAAAUUUUUUCCUUGAACAAAAUGUAUAUGGUAUCCAGUUUAAAAUAGAUCCUAAAUGUAAAUAAACUGUUAAAUUGUUAAUAUAUGUAUAUAAGAAUUUAUGUAUAAAAGAAUAUAAAUUUGAAUAGUGUGUGAAGAGAAGAGAUAGCUAAAGAAUAUUUUGUGAGUGAUAUACAUGGUAAAUAAGUCAUAUUUUUAGAAUUGAUAUUAAAUAAAAACAAAAAAAAAUACAGGAAUAUACUUUAAACUUUACUGAAGUCACUUCAAAAUUGUUUUUACUCAAACACAAGGUACAGUUAUAUGGACAAGAAUGUUAUUUUUCUGUCGUAUUAAAUUGUAGUUUCAGAAAAUACCUGACCUUGUUUCACAAAGCAUUCCCAGACUUAAGAAUUUACUCAACUUUCAAUCACUGUUUAUGAGGAACCCAAAACAUUGCACAUAGUUUCUGAGAAUGUUUUGUGGAACCGUGGCCAGAUCUUUAUAAUUGAUCUCAAAUUUUUAUGUGAAAAUAAGUUGCCUCCAUGAUAAGAUUUCUGAUAUUUUUCUUUAUUACAGAUAUUUUUUCUAUAUUUAAUUAAAUCCGUUAUUAGUUUGACAUUCUAAUUAAAGAUUGGUUCUGUUAUAUGAACAAUUCAUGUUGAAACGUGGAGAGAAACAAGUGGGGAUGGGGGGUCUGUAUGUUGCAAAUAGUUUAUAUUUUAUUUUAAAGCACUGUGCAUGUAUUAACAAACCAAGUUAAAAACCUGUUGAAAUAAAAGAAACCUGUUAUAUCCUGGUGUUGUUAUAUUAAGAAUUAAUUAAAAUUUUUGUGCCCAGUAUUAUUUGUCAAAAGUUUAAAUGUUUUUCAAAAACCAUAUUGAUUAAAAACCAAAAUGUACAUUGGUAUUUUUUAUAAUGUGUUAUAAAGACUUACUGGAAUGAUAAUUAGUACAUGCAGUUGUGUUCAUUAAAUGCUCAAUUAAAGUAACUUGAAUUACAGUAAAUGCUGUAUGACCAAGCCCAAUGCCAAAUAAAGUUGGCAUCUUCAACAGGAUAGAGAUGGAUGAAUGAUUUCCAUUGAUAUAAUAAUAGAACUGGUUGGGAUAAAGGUGGUGAAAACCGGCCCAAUUUCAAAAGUUUAUCUUGUGGAAAUUGAAAGUAUGGAAAUAAUCAAUGAAUCAGAACAUUUAGCACAAGUAUUUCUUUAUGUGUCAAGAUUUUUUAUUCAAAUAAAAUACAUGUUUUCAUUAAAACAUAUACUGGUUAUAGGCAUGGUUAUUAUAUUUAAUGGGACCAAGGUAAAGUACCUAUACAUGUACUGGUAUGCUGUUGGUUUGAGGCUUUAUUGUAAUACAGAUGUUAAGUUGAAAUAAAUCAUUAGAAUAUA